CAACAACGAAGAUGACCGCAGCUGACAGUCUUCGUCAGGAGGUUGAAAAGUCCGAAGAAGUUUGUGAUAUCCAGAGGGAUAUGAACAAAACAGAAUUCACAGACAUCCAAAAUGGAAAGGACACAUUAUCAAACAUAAAUGAUAUAGCAAAAGAAAACGAAGUCGAUCCUAAAUAUUUAAGCACUGAUUAUUCAUAUAAACACGAAAUCGUUUGGAAAAAUGCCAUUGGCUUUUUAAUUUUGCACUUAUUUGCUGUGUGGGGUGCAGUAUUAAUGUUCACUGGAGGCGUUACAUGGAAAACAACCCUUUGGACGAUCUUCUUAGGUUAUGUUGCAUCAGAGGGUGUCACAAUUGGUGCACAUCGAUUCUACACACACAAAUCUUUUAAGGCCAAGCCUCUACUUAAAGUAAUAUUAAUAAUCAUGCAAACUCUAGCUGGACAGAACUCCAUAUUUAUUUGGUGUCGGGACCACCGUCUUCACCACCGGUACUCCGACACCGACGCCGACCCUCACAACUCCAAGCGAGGCUUCUUCUUUUGCCACAUCGGUUGGUUGAUGAUGAAGAAACAUCCGUACGUCAUUGAAUUAGGCAAGAGGAUUGAUAUGAGCGAUCUACAAGCCGAUUGGAUGGUCAUGUUCCAGAAAAAAUAUUAUUAUUACUUAUACGUAAUUUUUGCCAUAAUCAUUCCCGUGUGGGUACCAGUACAUUACUUCGGAGAGCCGCUGUUCCAAUCGAUUCUGACGGCUUACUUCACUCGCUAUGUAUCACAGUUGAAUGGAACUUGGCUUGUAAAUAGUGCUGCCCACUUAUAUGGUACAAGGCCUUAUGACAAAAAUCUUCAACCCGUGGAGUCCUGGUUUGUUUCCUGUAUAAGCUUGGGUGAGGGAUGGCAUAACUACCACCACGCGUUCCCCUGGGACUAUAAGGCUGCUGAGCUGUCCAUGCACUUCAAUCAAACGGCGAGCAUCAUAAGAUUCAUGGAGAAGAUCGGCCUCGCUUACGAUCUGAAAACCGCUUCCCCAGAAAUGGUGAGAAAUAGAAUAAUAAGGACUGGGGAUGGAACUCAUUAUGAACUUGGUGACGAGGAAAGUAGGAACGCAGUGAAAGCCAGGGGUCUCCUACAUCCGUUGAACCCGAGCUACACAGUGACGUACAAAGACCCAAAAGCCACCCUCAAGAUGGAGGGACUUCCUCUGUUCAACGAAAAAGAUGUAUUUGAUGCAAAUGUUUUCAUAAGAAAUGUAGGCAGUCGUUAAAUACUUGUUAGUUCUAGAUGUAGGUAGAUUGUUACUUUCAUACAUUUAUUAAAUUAUAUAUUUUUUUUAUUU